CAGAACUGCAAGCGCUUCCGCUUUUUGUUUUAAAAGAUACCACGUGACGACGAACUCGCCGUCAUUACGUGCGCGUAACAUCGCGAGAGAAACAAUUGCCAGUGGGAAAUAGCAGCGACCGUGAAAGUUUAGUUUCCUGUAACUGCAGCAUGGGAGUCCCGGCGUUCUUCCGCUGGCUGAGCCGAAAGUAUCCAUCGAUAAUCGUACACUGUGUGGAGCAGAAGCCCAAAGAAUACAAUAACAUUAAAAUUCCCGUGGACACCACAAAACCAAAUCCAAAUGAAGUGGAGUUCGAUAACCUUUAUUUGGAUAUGAAUGGCAUUAUCCAUCCAUGUACCCACCCAGAGGACAAGCCAGCUCCAAAAAAUGAAGAUGAAAUGAUGGUUGCUAUUUUUGAAUACAUUGAUAGGCUCUUUAACAUUGUGAGGCCCAGGAGACUUCUUUACAUGGCCAUUGAUGGAGUGGCUCCACGUGCUAAAAUGAAUCAGCAACGUUCUCGUAGAUUUAGAGCAUCCAAAGAAGGUGUUGAAUCUGUAGAAGAGAAAAAUCGUAUACGGGAAGAGGUCCUAUCCAAAGGUGGGUAUCUCCCCAAAGAAGAAAUGAAGGAACGAUUUGAUAGUAACUGCAUUACUCCUGGAACAGAGUUUAUGGACAACUUGGCAAAAUGUCUUCGAUAUUAUAUUGCUGACCGUUUAAAUAAUGAUCCUGGUUGGAAAAACCUCACAGUAAUUUUAUCAGACGCUAGUGUUCCUGGGGAAGGUGAACAUAAAAUUAUGGAUUACAUCAGAAGGCAAAGAGCUCAGCCCCAUCAUGACCCAAACACUCAUCAUUGCUUAUGUGGUGCAGAUGCUGAUCUUAUUAUGUUAGGACUUGCAACUCAUGAACCUUAUUUUACAAUCAUCCGUGAAGAAUUCAAACCAAACCAACCUAAACCUUGUGGUCUGUGUGGCCAGUUUGGCCAUGAGAUUAAGGAGUGUCAGGGAAUGCCAAGGGAGAAAAAAGGAGAGCAUGACGAAUUUGCUGGUGCUCCACCAGGAUGCGAACAAGAGUUCAUUUUCAUUCGUCUCAAUAUAUUAAGAGAGUAUUUGGAGAAAGAGCUCACCAUGGCCAGCUUGCCCUUCGAGUUUGACUUUGAGAGAAGCGUUGAUGAUUGGGUCUUCAUGUGUUUCUUUGUGGGUAAUGAUUUUUUACCACAUCUGCCAUCUUUAGAAAUCAGGGAAGGUGCAAUUGAUCGUCUUGUGAACAUCUACAAAAAUGUGGUGCAUAAAACUGGGGGUUAUCUUACAGAGAGUGGAUUUGUUAACCUAGAAAGAGUGCAAAUGAUCAUGUUGGCUGUUGGGGAAGUUGAAGACAACAUUUUCAAAAAGAGGAAAGAAGAUGACGAACACUUCAAAAGGCGACAGAAAGAAAGGAAAAAAAGAAUGAAGGCACAACAUCAAAGACCUUCUUUCGUUACAUCGGGCCAGUUUGCCCCUCGUGCCCUUGGUCAUGGAAGUCGGUCUGUGGCCGAUUCCAUCAGCAAUCCACGGCAGGAAGCCUACAGAAUGAGAAUGCAGAAUGCUCAAUCAGAAGACAAUGCCUCCCCUAAUACAGGACCGAAACGCAAAGCAGAAGGCAGCGACAGUGAACCCGAGCCGGAAGAUAAUAUCAGAUUAUGGGAAGAAGGCUGGAAACAGCGCUACUACAAAAACAAGUUUGAUGUUGAUGUAAAUGAUGAGAAGUUUCGCCGCAAAGUAGUGCAGUCGUAUGUUGAAGGCCUUUGCUGGGUUCUGAGAUAUUAUUACCAGGGCUGUGCUUCAUGGAAGUGGUUCUUCCCAUUCCAUUAUGCUCCUUUUGCCUCUGACUUUGAAAACAUUUCAUGCCUUUUCUCAGAGUUUGAAAAGGGCACAAAACCGUUUAAACCACUUGAGCAACUCAUGGGAGUGUUUCCAGCAGCGAGUGGAAACUUUCUACCAGAGUCAUGGAGAAGACUUAUGAGUGAACCUGUUUCCAGAAUAAUUGAUUUCUAUCCAGAUGAUUUUGCUAUUGACUUAAAUGGAAAGAAGUUUGCUUGGCAAGGUGUUGCUCUGUUGCCAUUUGUUGAUGAGCGCCGUCUGAGAUCUGCUUUGCAAGAGGUUUACCCUGACCUCACUCCUGAUGAAAUAAGAAGAAAUAGCCUUGGUGAGGAUCAUAUAUUUGUCGGAGAAAACCAUCCCUUAAAUGACUUCAUACAUGAACUUUACAAGACAAAUGUUACAGAGCCUACUGAAGUACCACCUAAAUUGUGCCAUGGGAUCCAAGGAAAUAUUUCAUUAGAUGAAGACCCUAUUCUCCCUAACAAGAUUAUUAAGUCUCCGGUCCCUUUGUUAAGGGAUCUGACUCAGAAUUUUGCGAUAAGCAUCAAGUUUAAAGAUCCACAGUUUGAAGACGGUUACAUAUUUAAGGCAGUCGUUUUACAAGGUGCAAAAAAGCCAGCUCCCACAUUAAAGCCAGGUGACUGGGAAAAGUCAAAUCAUGGCAGGCCGUGGAAACCACAGCUCGGCUUCAAUCAGAACAGAAAACAAGUUCACCUAGAUUCUUCAGCCUUCCGAACUUUAGGCCAUACCUUGCCACAGAGCAGAGGUUCCUAUAGAAGUGGCGGUCACUACAGCAGUGCUCCUCCUCCUGGAUCUUACAAUCCCGGAAAUGCCUACAGAACGCCUAAUAGAUCCGCACCUGUUCCAAAUCACAGACCCCAAGAUUCAUGGUCAAAUCGCCCUCAACAAAGGAAUUUUGGAUCCAUGCAGAACCCAAAUCCGGAUUUUAUGAACCAGCAAAGAGGACCAAGUAACUAUUAUCAGAGAUAUGGUGGGGACUCUAAUCGGCAGGGAUAUAACCAGGGAAGGAAUUAUCAGGCACCACCUCCUUCUGGAAGAUACCACCGCAAUUAAAUGAUUUUUAACAGGGCCCUUGCUCCCUUUUUCCGUGGAAAAUCAAAAAGACCUGUGAAUAGAGACUUUUUUUUUUUUUUUUUAGAAUUCCCCUCCAUAAUACUUCUGUAUAUCAGUAUGUGCUUAUUUUGCAUUCCUGAUGUCAUUGUGAUAGGCUACAGUAUUUUGACUUUUUUAGAAACUGGAUUUUAUCUUGUGAUACAAGCAUUGUAUUUGUAUUUUUUUUAAUCUGUUUGGCGACUGGCAACUUGGACAGAAGAUUUGCCUUUUUAAGAUCUAAAUAAUGUGACAGUAUAUAUUUUUAAACAAUGCAUCUUUAUGAUUUUUAAUAUUUUUAGGAAUCAUUUUAUAAAUUGGUCUUAAAAUUC